ACUCCUCCUCGAUACGUCACGUAAUAGCAACACACUCAAGGUUAUGGUUAUGUAGCACAUGCUAGAUGUGUAGAGGAAGAAUGGGCUGACAUCUGACAACUGUCUAUUGGUCAGUCACCAUCUGACAGGAUGCAUAUCGCCGAUUUUGUGUCCGGAUCAUUUGCAGGGGCUUGUGGAGUUGCAGUGGGCUACCCUCUAGACACUGUGAAGGUCCGGAUCCAAACCCAGAAACAAUUCACUGGAAUAUGGCAGUGCGCUGUAGCGACAUUUUCAAAAGAAGGGGUGCACGGCUUCUUCAAAGGCAUGUCCUUACCCAUUACCACAAUCUCAAUGACUUCCUCUGUGGUGUUUGGCACGUACAGGAACUGCCUGCAGUGUCUGAGUCAGGCGCGAGGAGCCGGUUGUGGUCCAAACAGCAAACUAGAUGUCUUCCUGUCUGGUAUGGCGGGGGGUAUAGCUCAGAUAUCAGUGAUGUCUCCAGGUGACAUAGUCAAAGUACGACUGCAGUGUCAGACAGAGUCCAAGCGAGGAGGAACCAACGUCCUCAAACCCAAGUACCAUGGUCCAAUUCACUGUCUGCUGAGCAUUAUCAAAGAGGAGGGUUUCCUGGGGCUUUACAGAGGAGCUCUCCCACUCAUGCUAAGAGACGGGCCAUCAUAUGCCACAUACUUUUUGACCUACACCACUAUCUGUGAAUGGCUAACAGACAGUGGCAAGAAAAGACCAGAUUGGAGUGGUGUGAUGCUGGCUGGAGGAAUAGCAGGAAUGGCAGGUUGGACUCUGGGAACGCCCAUGGACGUGAUCAAAGCCCGUCUGCAGAUGGAUGGAGCAAGGGAGACGAAGCGAUACAAAGGUUUUUUCCACUGCAUCACUGAGACGGUGCGGGUGGAAGGAGCUGGGGUUUUCUUCAGGAGUUUGGGCAUCAACUGUCUGCGCGCAUUCCCUGUCAACAUGGUUGUAUUUGUGACGUACGAAGUUCUCACCGGUUUCCUCCGAGCCAGACCAGACAGCGUCGACCCGCCUCGGUUAGGGUUCGAAUAGUAUUGACUACCUCCAGUGUCAGUGUCUCAUAUUCUGUUAUGUAGUUUGUCACUGUGUUUAAUGCUCAUGUUUGUUUUUACAAGGGCAUACAUAAUAGCAAAGUAUUUUUAAGGAAUGAUUGUUUCCACAGCCGGCAUUGGAGCUAUCUGUUACAUAUCUAACAUUCAGCUAGUGAGGGUAAUGUAUCAUAAUAUUCUCAGGGGGAACUUGUCAGUAAUGGGCACUACUGGUUCCAGAGAUUGGCAACCAGCAACCUACUGACCACUAGAUGGCCUCCUUGGCCAGUUUGUUACCGUCUCUGUUUUUUCUGUUAAUGACUAGAAAAUCAUUUGCGUGACUGAUGUAGUUUUUAACCAGAAGAGCAGUGCACCAAGAAACCGCAAUACUGCUAAAAUGUCAGCUAUGCUUGACUGUACUCAAGACUGUUUACGGCCUUGUAUGUAGAAUUUAUGAAUGAGCUACAGUACGCACAAUUUAACAAGAGUGAUACCCGUCCAGGUCCAUGCUGCAUGUUUGCAUCUUAUUACGUCCACUUCUUAUUUCCAGCUCAGUUGCAAAGUGGUUUAGUUAGAAAUCUGACUUAAACAUAAUAUCAUAAUAUUUUAAACCUCGAUGAACUGGAUUUUUUAAUGAAUAAGAUACAUUUUAAAAAAUAAUACUCUGCAUUUGGGACUACAAAAGUAGCUGAUGUGACAAAAAAUGAAAUCAUCAAAGCAAGUUCUCAAUGAUAAAAGCAUCAAGCACAACUAUAUCUAUCUGUUUGUUUAAUGGAUGCAGUGCUGUUCAGUCUCAAAAUGUGAAACAUAUUGAGAUCAACUACUGUUACUAAUGUGUGUAGACAGUGCCAGGCUGCAGGCUUGAUUUCAGAGGCUGGGGGACACAAUAAAAUCAGGGUUCUUCUAACAAGGAGGACUAUAUGAAUGAUAUUUCUUGUAAUUUAUUUGUAUAGUUAUGAUGAAAAUGUCCACCGUGCCUUCCAGAAUAAAGAAGGUACUGCAAGUAAAUAAGUAAA